AUGUGUUCCCUGCAAGCUGAAGCCACUGCCCAGGCGGCAAGCACAAAGAGUCAUUACAGAGGAGUAAGAAAAAGGUCUGAGGACCGAUUCGUUGCCGAGAUUAGAGACCCGUCCAAGAGACGUUGCAUAUGGCUGGGCACUUUCAGUUCUGAUAUUGAAGCGGCCCAUGCAUAUGACCGGGCCGCCAGAGCCAUAGAAGGCUGCAAGGCCAAAACCAAUUUCCCACUUUCCGCUUAUCAAAUUCCUACGCCCGUCAAGAGGAGCGCCGCUUACAAAAAUCGUGAGCCGCUUAAACAAGUCCGUGUUCCGUCACGGAUUAACACCAACAUGGUUGCCAGAGCCACCCCUCGGCCUAUCUUACCAAAACCUUCAAUGUGGACCAUGUUCCCACCGGAGCUUCGGAGGCAACAGCAAUUGGCCAGAUGCAAUGAGAAAGCUACCGCCCAUGCAAUAGUAGCGAUCCAUGAGGGCUGUAAAGAAAGCUAUCGCCCAUGCAAUAGUAGCGAUCCAUCUUCCUCUGCCGUCACAGAAUGCAGAGCUUCUCCAACAAUAGGUGGUUUGGAUUUGAAUCUUCCUGCGCCGGUUGAAGAAGAAGAAUGUGAUCAUUCUCCCAAAACGCUCUGGCUGCUCAAAUGA